AUGGAUACAAUUGAGGAGAUUCAAAUCAGCCCUCUCUUCGACUUUUCUAGCUUUUUUAACACAGGCUAUCUUUCCGACUGCAUGAUAUAUUUUGGAGCGAAAGAAGAUCACCCCACAGAUUCAGUAAAAGCUCAUGUACUUGUUCUUGCUAAUGGAUCAAGAUUUUUCUACGACUCAUUUACAUCACAAAUGAGAGAAGAUAAAGAAAGAGUAUUCUAUGCCACAGUUAAUCCAAUGAAUUUGCUCCGCAGAGUUCUUAGAUACUUGUACAAUGGUCAGAUCAGCUAUGAAUUUGACGAAACAAUGGCUCUUCUUAAAAUUGCAACAUACUACAUGAUUGAUGUUCUUAAAAUUGAGUUACAAAAUCAAAUUAAUUCUAUCACCGAUCCAAACCUUUAUAUUAAUUUAGUCAAUCAAUGUUAUGACAAUCAGAUAGAGGAUCAAUUACCAUAUCUAUCUCAAUUCAUUAUUAAGAAUUACAAUUCAUACGACAUUCAGACACUUUCUGAUUCAUAUGAUGUCAUGGCAUUUGCUGCAAUCAUAAGACAAGUUCAGUUACCUAUUGAUAAACUCAUUUCAGAUAUUACAGCCUUCUUGGGUGACUUCGAAGCAGAUGAAGAAGAACUUGCUGCUUUGAAUAAAUUGCUUUUCGAUUAUAAUACGGAAGAUAAAAGAAAGGCAUUUGAAAAAUCUAAGCCAAAGUGGAUUAAAUAA